AUGGAAGCUGCAAGACAUUCUCAUUCCUCCAUGUCUCUUGUUCCUAGAUUGGAUCAUUUGGAUUUCGUUAUGAAAUAUUUAGAAGGAAAACAACAUUUACCAAAAUGGCGAGGGAAGUGUUCGGUUGGAGGUGCUGGGAGGCAAUCCAUGCCGAUGGAUUUGGCAGUGAAGGAGGCUUACCUUAAAGGGUCACUGAUGGAUCGAGUGGCAUGUCUUGAACAUAGGCUUUUUCAGCUUUGCUUAGAGUUGGAUUCCAGCAGCACAUCAGCCACUUCAUCACGGGCAUCUGGGUAUGCAUCUUCUGGGCAAGGAUUGCCAACUUUCACGCUGGCAACUUCCAAUAAUCCAAAUCAAGGACACAAAGAGGAGCCCCUAGACCAUGCUAACAGGGUUGAACUUCAGGCUCGGGAGAAGUCUCAGAUACAAGAACAAGAGAGGAAGCAUUCGAAACCUACGAAGCAAGAACUUGGGAAGAAUAGGCCUAACAGAGAUGAUAAGAAAUGCAAAAGUGGGAAGAAGAAAGUGCCUCCCAAAUGGCCUCGCUUGAAACUCUUAGGGUGUUAA